UGUAGGGUAAAUAUGUGUAGGUAUGGAGGAGAGGGGAGGGAUCAAUGCAAAAGAAGUGGAAAUGGUUUAAAGUUCUUCAGUUUUUGCUGUUCAUGUAGAGGUCAACUUGUGAGUUAUUUACAGGCAUAAACUUCAGUGUAAAAACGUGAUCUUUUAGUAGAAACGGUGAAUUGAAACUGUUUCUUGUUACCUUGUUUUAAAAUUUUAUUCCCAAAGAAUUUUUUUCAGCCACUUACAUUUUUUAAAAUGUGCUGUUAGAAUUGAAAGGGAUCAACUAGAAUUUAAUGACCAGUAUGUGGAGUCUGAUUUAGCUUUCCAGAAUUGACUAAAAUUUUGGGUUGUUUUGGCAAAUCAGUGAUGAAUGUUGAAUGGUGCACUAUGUUUUUGUUUAAAUGAAACUUCCUGAAAAUAAUUUCAGAAAUAAGAGAAAAUCGAUGUUGCUAUCACGGGGCAUCAUAAAAAUACAUAUUUUAAGAACUGAAGGCAUUUCAAGCAGAUGCAAUCCUUGAUGAAGCAGAAAGAACAUGAACCUGAGGUUUGAAAGCUCUGGCUUCAGCUGCUACUAACCAGCUCAACUCUAUGACUGUGGGGAAGUGGGCCUCAGUUCUGUUUUCAGUAACAUGAGGGAGGAUGCUGGACUGUUCGAAUUUAGAAUUUAGAAAAUUGGAAGGGAUUUUAAACCCCUCUAACAAAGAGUUUGGGAAUGUUCUCCACUGCGGUCAUUUUUCUUCCAAAAGUAACCUGGCUUCGAAGUCAUUGGUCCAAAGGGAAUUUGACUCCCCAUAGAAAUUGGAAAAAAGGUAAUACAAAUAGAAAGUAACAGCUGUAUUUCUACUUGAGUAGUAAACCAUUGACAGAUCUUGGUACAACUUUGGAGCCAUAAGGAGAAUGAGUGUAUGUACUUUAAGUGUACCAGUUUCUUCACUCUCUCCUGACAGAAGAUGCAGCACUUUUAGUGGUGCUGGAAUUCUGGGAUGCGUUUCCAUUAAUUCUAAUUCAGAUGAAGAGGGUGUGGUAGAGGGAAAGAUGGUGUCAGGAGUGGAUAAAGAGGCAAAAUUGCCUGCUAAAAAGAAAAGAAAGAAGGGCUUGCGGAUUAAGGGGAAAAGGCGCCGAAAAAAAUUGAUCCUUGCAAAAAAGUUUAGUAAGGAUUUGGGAUCUGGGAGACCUGUUGUAGAUGCUCCUGCCUUGUUAACUUCCAGUGCCCCUGAACAGGAUGAAGAAAAUCUUUUUGACAGCAAUAUAGAAAAACAGAUCUAUCUACCUAGUACCAGAGCCAAGACUUCCAUUGUGUGGCACUUCUUUCAUGUUGACCCCCAGUACACAUGGCGGGCCAUUUGUAAUCUUUGUGAAAAAAGUGUCAGCAGGGGUAAACCAGGCAGCCAUCUUGGUACAUCUACUCUUCAGAGACAUCUGCAGGCAAGGCAUUCACCUCACUGGACCAGGGCCAACAAGUUUGGAGUCACUAGUGGGGAGGAGGACUUUACUUUGGAUGUAUCUUUAUCUACCCCUUCCCCUGGAAGCAAUGGAAGCUUUGAAUAUAUUCCUGCUGAUUCGUUAGAUGAUAAUAGACUAGGUAAGAAACAUCAUAAAGCAUCAUCUGAUGCCCUGAGGGCAGAAAGAGGGAGAUUUCUCAUCAAAAGUAACAUUGUCAAGCAUGCCUUAAUACCUGGAACCAGAGCCAAGACAUCUGCAGUUUGGAAUUUUUUUUACACUGAUCCUCAGCACAUCUCAAGAGCUGUGUGUAAUAUAUGUAAAAGAAGUGUGAGCCGGGGUAGGCCAGGUUCCCAUUUAGGAACUUCGACACUUCAACGACACCUGCAGGCCACACAUCCCAUCCAUUGGGCUGUUGCCAACAAAGACAAUGGUGCUAUUGGAAAUGGAUUAGAUGAGACUGAGACUGAGAAUAGCGAUCUCUUGAAUGAUACUUUACAUGGAGAGAAGUCUACAGGCAGCCAAGAUUUAACAGCUGAAGACCUUAGUGACUCUGAUUCGGAUGAAUCUCCUGUGUUAGAGGUUGAAAAUAGAUCUGAAAGUCGUGUACCUGCUGUAGAGCAAGACAAUCAGAUGCAUGCCCAAGAGAGAGAAACAGCAUUUUGUGAAAACUCAGCUUCUAAUCAAAUAAGUCAGGCAAUUAUUCAAAUGAUUGUAGAGGAUAUGCAUCCGUACAACUACUUCUCAACCCCAGCUUUUCAGAGAUUCCUGCAGAUUGUGGCUCCUGACUAUAGAUUGCCAUCAGAGACUUACUUUUUCACUAAGGCUGUACCUCAGUUAUAUGAUUGUGUCAGAGAAAAAAUUUUCUUAACUUUAGAGAAUGUUCAAAGCCAAAAGAUCCACUUGACUGUUGACAUAUGGACCCAUGACCCAUCCACUGACUAUUUCAUCGUGACUGUACACUGGGUGUCUUUGGAAACCACAUCUUCUCCCAGUACUGGCAGGAUCCCUGAUUUCAGAAAGUGGGCAGUGCUUUGUGUUACAGGUUUAGCCAAAGACUGUUUGAUAACCAACAUUUUGCAAGAAUUAAAUGACCAGAUUGGUCUCUGGCUUUCUCCUAAUUUUCUUAUCCCUAGCUUCAUUGUUUCUGACAAUUCUUCUAAUGUGGUACAUGCAAUCAAAGAUGGUGGUUUUAACCAUGUGCCAUGCUUCCUGCAUUGUUUAAAUGUCAUCAUUCAGGACUUCUUCUGCGAGCACAAAAGCAUUGAGAAUAUGUUAGUGGCUGCUAGGAAAACCUGUCAUCAUUUUAGUCACUCAGUCAAGGCACGUCAGAUACUACAAGAGUUCCAGAAUGAUCACCAGCUUCCUUGGAAGAAUUUGAAGCAAGAUGAAACAGGUCAUUGGAUUUCUACCUUUUAUAUGUUAAGAUGGCUCUUGGAGCAUUGCUACUCAGUUCACCAUAGUCUUGGUAGAGCCAGUGGAGUUGUACUCACCUCGCUUCAGUGGACUCUAAUGACAUACGUUUGUGAUAUUCUUAAACCAUUUGAGGAGGCCACCCAGAAAGUAAGCGUAAAGACCACAGGAUUGAAUCAGGUGCUACCCCUAACCCAUCAUCUACUUCUUUCCCUUCAGAAACUCAGAGAAGAUUUUCAAGUCAGAGGUAUUACUCAAGCUCUCAAUCUGGUGGACAGCUUAUCUCUGAAACUUGAAACUGAUACCCUAUUAAGUGCCAUGCUCAAAUCUAAGCCUUGUGUCUUGGCUACUUUGUUAGAUCCAUGCUUUAAGAACAGCUUGGAAGACUUUUUUCCUCAAGGUGCUGAUUUAGAAACUUACAAACAGAUCCUUGCAGAAGAGGUUUGCAAUUAUAUGGGAUCUUCACCAGAGGCCUGCCAAAUCGCAACUACAGAAGCCUCUGAUACCUUAGUUACAGUAGUAGCUGAAUCAUUUACCUCAUCUACAAAAGAAGGCACCUCCAGUUCAGGUUCCAUGGAUAGCUCAACUGCAGACAAUGUUGCUACUGGAAGCAAAAGCUUCAUGUUCCGGUCUGCUAUAGCAAUAGUGGAGGAGUACUUUAAAGAGAAAUAUUCAGAACUCUCAGGAGGUAAUGAUCCUUUGGUUUACUGGCAGAGAAAGGUGAGCAUAUGGCCAGCUUUGACCCAAGUUGCCCUUCAGUAUCUGAGUUGCCCCAUGUGUACUUGGCAAUCUGAAUGUAUCUUUACUACAAAUAGCCACUUUCAUCCAAAGCAAAUCAUGAGCCUGGACUUUGACAAUAUAGAACAAUUGAUGUUUCUGAAAAUGAACUUGAAAAAUGUUAACUAUGAUUAUUCUACAUUGGUUCUGAGCUGGGGUCCUGAAAAUAAGGUGGUUCAAAGCAGUGAAAAAGAAAUACUACCUUAAUUUCCUUUUCUUUUCUCUAUUUAAAAUGGGCAACUUUUUGCUGUUACUGUAUCCUUACUGUAAUAGUCAUUAUAUGUAAUCAUACUAAUUCUUUUUUUGAAAAAAAUGGGUUUGGUGGUACCUACCUGUAGUUCCAGUUGUUUGGGAUGCUAAGGCAGGAAGAUUGCUUGAGCCCACAGUUUGACUUUAGCCUGGUCAAUAUAGUGAUACUUUGUAUCAAAAAAAAAAAACAAACCAAACCAAAUCUAGGAAAACCAGGAAA